UCACCCACAGAGAGGAACUGUGGUUCAAACCCAUGGUUCUCCUCCACAGCAAGAACCUAUCCACCUUAUCUGGCUCUCCUCCUCUGCCUGACUGAAUCUUCUCUCAGAUGAUCCAUCACCUGCAGCUGAUCUUUUUAGCCACACUGCAGCCACAACAUGAGCAUACGGAAACUGAGUUUCAAGUGGUUCGGAAGCCUCACCAACCUCUCCUUUCGCCGCUCCAGUGAGAAAUCUGACUCCAAGUCGAAGUCUGGGUGUGUGCCUGGAGAUGGCAGUGACUGUGCUACUGUCUCCACUAAGAUUCUGGCUCCAGUUGCUGAAACGACAGUGGACGACCUGGAUGCCAUGCGUCCUCGCACGUCCAGCUACGUCCGCUCCAGUGAGAGCUACACGCAUGUAGGUACGCUGCCACGGCUACUGAUGAAGAGGAGGGACAAGAGUCAAAAAGGAGGCUCCAGCAGCAAUAAGAAGAGCAAAGACAAGAGCAACCUCAGCAGAAGUCAAAGCCAGAGACCUGCAGGGGACCGUGACCCCCUGAGAAUCACAGCCGUCUCAUUCAAAGUGGCCCAGGAUGAAGCUGAAGUUGAAGCUGACUCUGGGCUCACCCAGGACUCCCUCACUGAUGACAAGACGCAGCUCAAACCUACAGGUGAUACCAAUGACACAAACACCCAAAGCGUCACCUCCGGACCCACGGAUGUGCCGCCAUCUGGUGGCUCAAGUGCUACACUUCAACCAGAGGCUUGUGACGAGCAAGAAAUCACCCAGGCAGGUGGGGACUUGAACCCUGAAGAGACUUCGUCACCUCCACUCAGCCAAGGGAACGAUCAGACCAAGACUCAUGAGGAUGUUGGGUUAGAGCCCGGGGUUGUGUCUAAAACAGUGGAGGUGGCAGAGAGCAGUGGACUCACUGAAGGAGCAGAUAAAGGAAACCAAAAGUCUGAGAGCAUUUACUGCCACAUGGAGCCAGCAGAGAGCCAGGCUGAAUAUGUCCAGUUCUCCAAGGAGAAGUACCUGCUGGAGUCUCCCCCUGAGAAACUUCGUAAGGAGCUGGAGGAGGAGCUGAAACUGAGCCCUGCUGACAUCAGGAGCCAUGGCUGGUACCAUGGACACAUACCCAGAGAGGUGUCAGAGACUCUGGUUGUGCGUAAUGGAGAUUUCCUGGUGCGUGACUCUCUGACCAGCGUCGGUGACUAUGUUCUGACCUGUCGGUGGAAUAAUGAGGUGCUGCACUUCAAGAUUAGCAAAGUCUUGGUCAAAUCCAAUGAGACCAAGGUGCAGUACAUGUUGGAGACAGACAAUUUCGACUCAGUCCAGGAGCUUGUGCGGUUCUACAUAGGCCAGCGCAAACCAGUCUCCCAGUCCAGCGGUGUCCACAUCUACUGUCCAGUCAGCAGGACUCUCCCUCUGCGCUACCUGGAGGCCACCUUCGCGCUGUCCAACAGCAAGCAAGGCUCUGCAUACUCACCGUCCAGUCAGAGGGGAGCGUACAUCAAGAGGAGGAGCGUCACCAUGACUGAUGGGCUGACGACAGAGAAGAUGAUACCUCACAGCCCAUCAACAAUCCACCACCACAAAGACGCAAUGCGGAACUGUGCAAUGAGCAUGGACCAGAUUCAGGAGUUUCGCUGUCCCUUGUCACCUGUUGGGGAGACCCCACUGUCUCCUGCGUAUAGUGCUAUCACCAGGCAGAGAGCCCACUCGAGCGGGCGGGUCCUGGCCGUCGUCCCACCCUCCCCCGUGAUGCGCCGUUCCAGCGACCCACAGCUCAGCCCCUCAGCCAGUAACAACCCUCCAGAGCAUCCCGCGCAUACCUCUCACUCGGCGCACUCCUCCCCUGCCCAUCAUCCCACCUACCAGUCACAUUCUUCAGAAACAGCAGGGAGCUACUGUGACCUCAGACCUUGCCCCGCCGGACCCCCCAAGCCCCCGGCUAAGAGCUACGUGGAGCGGUUGCGAGUCGAGGAAGGGAGGGAGGAGGGAGCGAGGGAGGAAGGAGAAGGGAUGUUCUGCGCCCCACAGGUGGAAACGACAUCCUCAUUCAGACCAUCCAGGUACGAGUCUUGCCUUAUGCCGGCUGAGAAUAAGCCUCUGGAGAUGUCCGUGCUGAAGAGAGUCAAAGAAUUGCUGGCUGAGGUGGAUGCAAGGACCGCGGCUAAACACAUCACCAUGGUGGACUGCACGGUGGCUAGAAUAUUGGGCGUCUCCUCAGAGACGCAAAGGAUGAUGGGAGUGUCCUCAGGGCUGGAGUUACUGACACUUCCACAUGGACACCAGCUGAGACUUGACCUACUGGAGAGGUUCUACACCAUGUCUAUCAUGAUGGCGGUGGACCUGCUGGGCUGUACAGGAAGCACGGAGGAGAGGGCGGCCCUGCUCCAUAAGACCAUCCAGUUAGCAGCCGAGUUGAAGAGCAACCUGGGCAACAUGUUCGGCUUUGCGGCUGUGAUGAGAGCCCUGGAGCUGCCACAGAUUUCCCGGCUGGAGCAGACGUGGGUGACAUUACGGCAGAGACAUACAGAGGGCGCUAUUUUAUAUGAGAAGAAACUCAAACCUUUCAUGAAGAAUAUGAACGAUGGCAAAGAGUCUAGUGUUCUGUCCAACACCUCCUUCCCCCACAUCAUUCCCGUCCUGUCCCUGCUGGAGCGAGGCGUGGCUCUCGGGGAGGCGCUGGAGCCGUGGGAGAGCGCAGAGGUCGGAGUAGACGUGGUCAUGUACCACCUAGAGGCAGCCCGUACCAUCGCACAUCACGGGGGAAUCUACAGAACCAACUCUGAGACCAAACUGCAGGGAUUACAGGAGCGAGCAGAAAUCCACGAGAUCUUCCAGACGGAGUUUCAGAUGCGUCUCCUGUGGGGCAGCCGCGGCUCUGAGGGCAGCCAAUCAGAGCGUUACGAGAAGUUCGACAAAGUUCUCACAGCCCUAUCACACAAGCUAGAGCCUCCUGUGCGCCACAGUGAGCUAUAGCACCUGCUCAGAAAACCCGCCAUCGACAAAAAAAAACAAAACAAAAAAAAGCAACCCCCCCCCCCCCCCCCCCCAUCUGCACUCACCACUCAUAGUGGUAUGGUCUUGUUUUGCAUCGCAGAGGAUGAUGUGGAAGAGUCCAAUAUGAACACUGGGAGGGGUGAGAGUGACUGAAGAGGCAGCUAAAAGAGCAUGUGCAUUGAGCACUAGGAAUACAGAAAAGAGAAACAUGUGUUGCACUGACUGUGGACUCCAAAUAAGGCAUGGGGUUCCUCCUGUUCCUCCCUGUGGACUUUCUCACUUAGCGCUAAAAUAUUUAAAUGGCAACAAAGAGGAGACAAGCUAAGUAGUAAAGAAUACGGGGGGGGGGGGUGGCCCGCUCCUCUGCUCGGUACAAACAGUAACAUGUGUACAGUGUGCCCCCCGCGGCCAAACAGAGCUGCAGAGUUUGGCUUUGCUCCAAUAAAACACAGACACGCUCUUGUUUCAAACAACCGCUGUCACACACUGUAGCAGAAAUGACAACAAUAACUUACAUAGCUCAUACAGUAUAUAGAUGUUUAGUCUGUGUGACUGAGUGAGUGUGUGUCUGUAUGUAUGUUUACAUUCCUUCAUUUUUUUUUUACGUGUCAUUAAUGUUUCAUGAUUUUUUUUAUUUUAUUUUUUUGUCUUUAUUUAUUUGUUAUGAUCAAAGGAUAUCAGAACAUUAUGGACAUUGCUUCACCAAAGUCACAAGAAUCUUUCAGUGCUCAUUCUGAGGAAACUAUGUUCAUAAAACCUCAUUAAAUAUGUAUCAAGCGGACCCAUUGAAUCCCAUUAAAAAUGUAUCAGGCAUGCAUUAAUAAAUGUAUCAGAAAUGAAACAUUUGCAAAAGUAAUGCUGCAACUUCAGUAAGAGGGCUUUGCGAGAAGUUAAAAACAUUAAGAGGACAAAGCAAACCUCCCUCUGCUGUACCUGUUUGACUAAUACAUUUGAUAUUGUGUGUCUCGUGCACAACAUGUAGCUAAACACAAGCAUUUAGAGACGGGGGGAAAAAAAUGGGGUGUGCACUCCUUAAAUCUAGUUAAAGCAAUUUUUCACUUAGUGUAGAAACAUUUAUGAACACGCUUCACGACUCAUGACUCUAGCUUCAGUAGUCUGGAGCUGCAGGUUAUACAUUUACAGAAAAAAUUUAAAUGCUUUAUCCAUGCAGCUAUAAAUGUUGCACCAAGUAAAAUGUUGCUUUAAACUAAUAAUUUGAACAUAAAGAUGAGUCUUAAAUUGAGAAGUAUACAGGUGAUUCAGUGAAGAUAUUUCAUGUCUGUGGAUAAUCUUUAAUGAUACUCAACAGAUGGAGAAAUUCUGACAUCUUUCAUCUUUUUUUACAUUUUUUUUAUUUCAGUUUGAAAUUUUAAAUGAAAAAAGAAGUUCCAUCAGUUAAGGAUGUGUAGAUCACAGCCCUGCUACAGAGAAUGGUUUUUGGUUGUAUGUUUUCUAUUUGUGUUUUGACAGUAGACUUAAAAUAAUCUGAAUCGUUUUAUUGCAAUGGGAUUACAUUUUUGGUUGACUGUCCAGUUUUAAAUCAAUGCUGUAUUUACAGUAUGUGGGCCUGAGAGGGCUGGAGCCAACUCUCAGGACUAUGCAAUCAUUUCAACCAAGGGCUGAGACCCUGAAAAUAAAAAUAAAAGAUUAAGACUUAGAAAUGUUAGUCAGUCAGUCAGUCCCCCCCCAUCCCCCUACUUCACUUUCUUUUUGAAAUGUCUAUGCUUUUAUUUCUAACCUUUUCUUAUCCAAUCUGAUGAUCUAUAUAUGAAUGAAAGUCAUAUCAGAUAUUGGUCAAAUAGUUCUAAACAAAUAUCAUUCUACUCUAGAGUAUCAGAGAUCCUUAAAGCGAUGUUUGAUCGUCCCACUUUCUAGCCUGAACCAUGCUUGGGGUGAGCUGAACAGAUCAGAGUUCAUGAGGUGAGGAGUGAUGUGCCAGUUCCCUCUGUUGUCCAACAGGGGGUGGUCUUUAGUCAGCAAAAAACACUGAAUCAUCAAUUGUAAUACAAUAACGACAGGAAGACACACACACACACACACACACACACAACACACACACACACACACACACACACACACACACAAACAAGAAAAAACAUUUGUUGUGUGUGUUCUGAGACCAAGAGGAUGCCUGCUGGUUUAGGUUUGAUAUCUGCUAACUCUGAUGAUCACACGGUGGCGACGAUGUAAUGUUUUUAUUUGUCCUCUGUUGAAUGCUGUACAGGAAUGCUCUGACAGUGUGUGGAUUCUCCUGUUAUGUGUAACAGGACUGUAUGAGAUGAACUUAAAAAGCAAAAAGACAAGAAAUGAUUUAGGUCCGAUCUCAUGUUUUUUUUACGUACUGUACAUAGCAAUUCACUUUUUUUUGUUUUUUUUUCAAAUAAAAUGAUUUGCUCGUCUCAA